AUGACCAACGAACAUGUUUCACUCUACCGUGCAACGCUAGCAAAGCGUCAGCGUCAAUAUGACCUGGCCAUAGCGACAAACGAGUACAUUCCCUUUCUAUAUCCAUGGGACUCGCUACCAGCCUUAUAUCUACUCCUCGCUCUCGCAAUCACUCCCAAGCUUCGCCCUAAGCUGGCCAGAGCGGUCCGAUAUAUCGCUUUCGUUUCGGUUCUCUUCCAUGGGGUCUAUGUGGCAUGCUAUCGCAGGACGCUCUGGUUUGCUGCUGGCUACGGUAUUGGUUUGUCGGGCGCUUGGGGCGUCAUCAUGUCUGGCGCUCUUCUCUUGUGCAACGACGUGGGGCGAGAUUUCAGAAGGCUUGAAAGAAGAGCAGUCAAGACAGAGAGUGCAGAUUCUGAGCCCGACAAGCUCCUAGCAACAUGUCAAGACGUUGACACGACGAACCAGAGGGUGGCCACUGCGUAUCCAUUUUCCAACACGGAGCAAAUCUUCCCUCGCCCUGAGAGACCUUAUCGAGAAGCAUACGAGCUGGUAUGGCAGGGAUUUCCUUACAACUCGGACAAGAUCCAUGUCCUUGACUGGACGCUCGACCUUAUGACGAGUUUUCGAGCAGUGGGCUGGGGACAUCGAAUCUCAACAGUAGGGCCAAUUGACCCAUCAACACCGCGAGAGACAUUCCAACCCGAUUCUGCCGCGGUGGUCAGCAAUGACCAAAGCCGGGCAUCUUCGUCUACUUCGCAAUACCCGUGGUCUCCUCAAUUGAAAGCAUUACGAGGCUUUAUCCUCAGCUAUCUCGUUCUUGAUUUCGUCAAGACAGUCAUGAUCACAGACCCGUACUUUCUGGGCGUAGCAUCAUUGGAGUCACCUACACCCUGGCAAUGGCUUGCUCACAUCAACAAUACUGUUCCGUUCGCCACACGCUUUGUUCGGCUUGGGAUUUCGAUGUCUGGAGUGGUGUCUGCAUUGACGUUAAUCUUCAGCCUGAGUCCGUUAUUCUUCGCCAGCAUCCUUCCCGCGCUUGUCGAUGUCACAAAGAUCACGAAAGCGCCUCUUUUGGAACCAUGGAUGUAUCCGGCUUAUUGGCAAUCAUUGUCGACCUCGGUCCUGUACUCUGGCUUAGCAGGAUUAUGGGGCAGAUGCUGGCACCAGAUGUUUCGUUUUGGCAUCUCCGAACCAUCCAGAGUCUUGAUUGAGAGAUUGAACAUGGAUGUUCGUGGCGAGGCAGCUCGAAUCGUUCAGCUUCUGGUCGCUUUCACGUUGUCAGGAUCAAUCCACGCGAGUGCUAGCUACACCACAUUUUCCCUCAAUGGCUCUCGUCCGUUUUCCGGCCCCUUGUUGUUCUUUUUCCUACAAGGGAUUGGCAUUCUCCUACAAUCUUUCAUAGUCAAAUCCUUGCACAGACACGCUUCCGGGGUCAAGAAUCUCCCGUCGGCCGUAGGCCAGACAGUGAACGCGCUGGUUGUGGUAUUGUAUCUUUACUCCACAGGGCCAUUAUUAGCCAACGACUUUGCAAACUCUGGACUUUGGCUUUUCGAGCCCGUCCCGAUCAGUCUCUUCCGUGGGAUAGGGUUUGGACCAGGCGGAAAGGAUGAAGGGUGGUGGACGUGGAAUCAGAAAGGUUCGCGAACGGUCGGGUGGUGGAUCGGUGACAGGUGGUGGGAGAGAGCUGUAGCGAUAUAUUAG